AUGCAGGCGAAGACUCUGGCCAACUCCGCGUUCACGGGCGCCCAGCUCCGGGCGAGCGCCCCUCGCAAGGCCUCGGCCCCGGUGGCGCGCUCGCGCCAGGUCACCCGCGCCCUGUCGGACACGAACCUGCUCAUUUCGGGCGCGACGGCUGCCAUGCUGGGCCUCGGGCGCUUCAUCGUCCUCCCGUACCAGCGCCGCCAGGUCUCGAAGGCCGGCCUCCCGAAGCAGAACGGCAAGACCUACAUCGAGGCUGGCGACCGCCUGGCGCAGCAGGCGUCCUUCGUGGGCUCCUCGAACGACCCCGCCGGCUUCACCAUCGUCGACGUGAUGGCGUGGGGCGCGCUGGGCCACGUGUUCGGCUACGCCCUGCUCGCGGCUGCCAGCAACACCUACAACGGGCCGUUCGGCCAGUAA